GAAUGCUGGGUCAUGAAUGGGAAUGCUGGAUCAUGAAUGGGAAUGCUGGGUCAUGAAUGGGAAUGCUGGGUCAUGAAUGGGAAUCCUGGGCAAUGACACCGAACAACCACCGCCAUCUAUUGCGCGGCGGUUGAAUUUACGACUCUCGAUCCGAAAAGGCAACUUGACAUACGAACAGGUUUUGUUCGUAUCAGGUUUUGUUCGUAUCUCUGAAUGUUCGUAAGUAGAGGAGCCACUGUAUGUUGCUGAUUUUACACGGCUUGUGCCUAUUGCAUCGACUACAUAUAAAACACGCAGCUAUUCUGUACACGUUCGUUUCUGCUUGGGUAGUGUGUGCAAUCGAUUGCUCUAGUCGGGUGACCACAAACCACGUGCAGCUAAACAUGGCAUGAUAUCUAUUGCUGUCUUUGACUAGUUAUAUGUUUGAUUUUCCUCAAAAUGUCUAACAAACUUACUCAAUCUAUCCUCAUUUAUCCACAAUAUAUUAAAUACAUUACUUAAUAUGUUGUCGAUAAUUUAGGAUAAACUAAAUACAAGUCGUAGAUGAAUGAGUUUUCACUUAAUGCGACUGUUCAGCAACACAUUUACCGUUUAAACAAGGAAUUACUGUACAUUGUGGCAAAAGUAAUAUAGAUAUUUUAAAAAAUGUAUAGCAACACAUAUGCCACAAACUAAAUCUCUGUAACUAGAGACGUUGAAAUAUAAGUAGGCAAUUUAGUUGCGUGAAUUUUUGAGCAUUUUGAUUGCACAACUAAUGGCUCUGGUGUGGACCUGACUUCAGAGCGCAUGACCCAACUAUCAACAGGGGUGGGUGGAUUGUUGAUAAUGUUGUCUCUUGUAGACUAGAACAUUUAUUGAAAGGAUUGAAAAUACGUAUUUAAUAUAUGCAUGCCUAUUGUUUAUAGACAAUAACAUCUUGGUUCUUGUAAUUUUGUUAUUCAAAUGUUUUUAAUCGCAGUGAACUAGUGCAGCUGUAAAAUACCAAUUGCAUUACUAAAACAGUCACUUUAAAUGAAAAGCAUGCUAAAAUAUUCGUCAUCUCCAGAUCCAAGUGACAUUUGCAUCAACUUGAGUAACUCAAGCAAAAUACAUCUUGAAGCUGUGCUCACCGAUGGACGUUACAUUUGUGUAACUGAGUGUCACGGGGAAUUCGGCAAAUUAAUCUGCCAAAAUGGUGGACAAUGCAAGAUCACUCCGGUGUCUCCAUAUACUGCAGUGUGCUAUUGCCGAGAUUUUUACAUUGGUAAACAUUGCGAAAGCAUUGACAUCGGUCUGGUUGCUGGGAUCACCGUACCACUCGUCGUGUUGCUCAUAGCCACCAUUGUUUUGACUGUGGUGAUGAUCAAGAGGAACAAGAAAAAAAAAGCCGUCAAAGCCAGCGUCAGAAACUACGAAUACCCUGAUGAACAUUGGAAAGGAGAAAAUGAUUACGACUCGCCAGGUUCCCACGACAACCCACUCUACGAUCCCUCCUCAGACAAAAUAGAAGACGUCAUUCCACCUGGAGUCUUUAAACCCACCCUUGAAAAUGUCACCCAAGAAGUGAUAACAUUCCAAAGACCUGAGAUAACCAUACUUUAAAAGAGCUGUGGGAAAUACGUGGAUCGCAAAAUAUUUUUGUGGCUCUCAGGACAAAUCACAACAAACAUCUCUCCCAUCCAAUUACCAACCAGGCUCGUGUCCUACUUAGCUUCAGAGAUCGGACGAGAUCGAGCACAUUCAGGGUGAUAUUGGGUGCGCCCCGUUGGCAAGAUGUUAACUACCUCGCCUGGUAUAC